CCGAACCCCACAAUUGUCGUGAAUUAGUCCAAACAACCAAAACAUGGUCCUCAAUCUACGCUUCGUCUCCUUCACGCUCUUAUCUUUGGCGGUGGCCACCGCCGCACUCGGCGGCCGGGAAUAUCCACCUGUCGGCGGCUGGAGCCCCAUUUCGGACCCUAAAGCCCCCCAGGUGGUGGAGAUCGCGAAGUUCGCCAUAGACCACCACAACAAAGAGGCUAACGCCAAUCUGCAAUUCGAAAGCGUGAUCGAGGGGCAGAGUCAAGUCGUCGCCGGCAUGAAUUACAAGCUUGUGAUCGCCGCGAAGGACGGCGGCGCCGGGAAUAAGUACGAGGCUGUCGUUUGGGAUAAACCUUGGGAGAAAUUCAGACAGCUCACCUCCUUCAAACAGUUAUGAGUGCGCUUCGAUUCAAUUCGCAGGUGUGAAUGUGAACAUGUUCCCUGUCUGAAAUGUGAUCUUUUGUCCGAUGUUGUUUCCUGAUCUGGUUAUGAAGGGCAAUAAAUAUUGUAAUUUUAUUUAAAAAAAUAUAAAUCUAAAUUUCAGUUCCUUUUGUUGCC